CUCAAGUGAGAGCAGAGCAAAGAAAAAAUUGUAAAAAUGGCCAGUAUUUCAGGUACCAUGGUUAGCACCUCUUUCCUUCCGAGGAAACCAGUAGUGACUAGCCUGAAAGCCAUACCAAAUGUUGGGCAAGCUCUCUUUGGUCUUAAAUCUGAGAGGGGUGGUAGGAUUACUUGCAUGGCCAGUUACAAAGUGAAGCUUAUUACACCAGAGGGAACAGUUGAGUUUGAUUGUCCAGAUGAUGUUUACAUUCUUGACCAAGCUGAGGAAGAGGGACAUGAGCUUCCUUACAGUUGCAGAGCUGGUUCUUGCUCUUCUUGUGCUGGAAAAGUUACAGGUGGAAAUGUUGAUCAGUCUGAUGGAAACUUUCUUGAUGAUGACCAAAUGGCUGAUGGAUUUGUGCUAACCUGUGUUGCUUACCCACAGUCUGAUGUUACUAUUGAGACCCAUAAGGAGGAGGAGCUCACUGGCUAAGCCCCUCUCAUUAUUUCAAAAAACACUUUAAUCUGUUUGAUGAGCAUUUAAUUUCAUAUGUAACUCUUUUGUUAUCAUAAAAGAUGCAAUGUUGCAACUUCAAGUCAAUGACUUUGAUUUGCUUAGUAUAUCAACUUUCAUCUCCUUA